CUGUCUAGGAGUGGAACCGGCAAACUCGGACAUGCACAACAGCGAGUGACAAGAGGCACAGCGCGGAGAUUGGCAGUGGCUACACGGGCAACACCGAAAGGAAAUUCAGCACAGAUUAAUACAGACAGACUGGUAGAGAUGGCGAUGUCGUGGGUGUUUUUGGUGGCUCUGAGCACACAGUUAGCUCUUAUUAAAGGCGAGGAUAUCGUCGUUGGCUGCGGGGGAUUCGUGAAGUCGGACCUGGAGAUUAAUUAUUCCCUAAUCGAGAUAAAGCUGUACACUAAGCAGGGAUCACUGAAGUACCAGACAGACUGUGCCCCCAUUAACGGAUACUUCAUGAUACCACUCUAUGACAAGGGCGAUUUUGUUUUGAAGAUUGAGCCUCCACUUGGGUGGAGUUUCGAGCCUACCAGUGUUGCUCUCCAUGUGGAUGGGGUGACUGAUAUCUGCACCAAAGGAGAGGACAUCAACUUUGUCUUCACUGGCUUCUCUGUCUCUGGAACGGUGCUGAGCAAGGGCCAGGAGUCUGGGCCUGGUGGGGUUCGAGUGUCCUUGAGGAAGUCUGGAGAUGAAGCUGACUUGCAAACCAUCCAGACGCAGCCAGGGGGCAAGUACACAUUCUCUAAGGUGCUGCCUGGUAACUAUGAUAUCUUUGCAUCUCACCCCACAUGGACCCUGCAGCAGGGUACCACCUCUGUACGUGUUUCUAAUGCCAAUGCCCAGGCCGCAGCGCCCCUGGUGGUAGGCGGGUAUGAUGUCUCGGGAGCCGUGCGCAGUGAUGGGGAGCCCAUGAAGGAAGUCACCUUCCUGCUCUUCUCCUCCACCGUCAAGAAAGAGGAUAUCUCUGGCUGCAGCCUGGCCUCGGUCGAAGGCUAUGAUUCUGAAGGAGACUCACUAGCCUACCUCUGCAGCGUGCUGUCCAGAGAGGAUGGCACCUUCACUUUCUCAACCCUCCCCAGUGGAGAGUACACUGUGGUACCUUUCUACAGAGGAGAGAGAAUUACCUUUGAUGUUGCUCCAUCACGGAUGGACUUCAAAGUAGAGCACAACAGUUUAAAACUAGAGCCCAUUUUUCGUGUGAUGGGAUUCUCUGUGACUGGCAGGGUUUUGAACAGCCCAGGAGGAGAGGGUGUACCAGAUGCCACUGUGACCCUCAAUGACCAAAUCAAAGUACUGACAAAGGGAGACGGUUCUUUCCGCUUGGAGAAUAUGACUACAGGGACCUACACCAUCCGAACCAACAAGAAGAGUAUGUUCUUUGAGCCAAUCACUGUCAAAAUCGCUCCAAACACACCCCAGCUCCCUGACAUCAUCACUGCAGGAUUCAGUGUGUGUGGCCAGAUCUCUAUCUCGCUCCUGGCCGAGGGGAUGAAGCAGCAGGGCCGCUACAGGGUGACACUGACCUCCCAGGACAAGGAGACGACAAGCUCCCGCACCGUCGAGUCUGACCCCCAGGGGGCCUUCUGCUUCCAGGCCAAGCCAGGAGAGUACAGCAUCCAGGUGUCUUUGCCUGAGUCAGAGGUGAAGGCAGGUCUGGCUCUGCUUCCCAAGUCCUUGUCUGUGUCUCUGGUCGACAGGCCCCUGGAGGAUCUCCGCUUCACUCAGUUCAUGGCCUCUGUCUCUGGAAAGAUCUCGUGCCUGGCUAUCUGCGGUGACCUCACAGUGACCUUGCAAUCAGUGAGCCGUCAGGGUGAAAGGCGCAGCGCUCAGCUCUCUGGGAAAGGGGACUCCAUCCUGUUCUCCUUCGACAGCGUCCUACCUGGCAAAUACAAAGCGAGUAUUGGACACGAGGAGUGGUGCUGGAAACACAAGUCCGUGGAGGUGGAGGUGCUAGAGGAGGACUUGCUGGGGGUGGAGUUUAAGCAGACUGGAUACAUGCUGCGUUGCUCGCUGUCCCACGCCAUCACACUGGAGUUUUACCAGGAUGGCAGUGGUCCUGAGAAUGUGGGGGUUUACAACCUGUCCAAGGGAGUCAAUCGCUUCUGUCUGUCCAAGCCAGGUGUGUACAAGGUCACUCCACGCUCAUGUCAUCAGUUUGAGCAGGACUUCUACACUUAUGACACGUCUGCUCCAAGUAUCCUGACUCUGACUGCCAUUCGGCACCAUGUGACUGGGGUCAUCACCACGGACAAGUUAAUGGACGUCACUGUUACCAUCAAGUCCUCUAUUGAGAGUGAGCCAGCCCUAGUGCUCGGCCCUCUCAAGUCCCUCCAGGAGCAGCGUCAGGAGCAGCAGCUGCAGGAGAUUAUGUUGCGCAGACAGGAGCGGGAGCGGAGAGGGGAGGGGGAAGGCAAGGAGAGCCCUCCCGUCCAGGAGAGAGCCGAGGAUCUGCACGGCCCCUUCAGCUAUGAGUUCUCCUACUGGGCUAGGGCUGGUGAGAAGAUCACUGUAACCCCUUCAUCCAAAGAGCUGCUGUUUUACCCUCCUGAGGUGGAGGCCACCAUCACUGGAGAGAGCUGCCCAGGUCAGCUGGUGGAGGUGGAGGGGAAGGCAGGUCUCUUCCUGGAGGGUCAGAUCCACCCAGAGCUAGAGGGAGUGGAAAUCACCAUCUCUGAGAAGGGGGCUGCCACGCCGCUAAUUACUGUCGUCACCAACGAGGGGGGAUCCUACAGUGUGGGCCCCUUGCACCGGGACCUAGAGUACAGUAUCACUGCCAGCAAGGAGGGCUUUGUGCUCAGCCCGGUCGAGGGCACACAGGGGGGCUUUAAGGCCUUUGCACUGGCGGGUGUUGCCUUUGAGAUCAAGUCCGAGGACAGCCAGCCUCUCUCAGGGGUUCUACUGUCUCUGAGUGGAGGGCAGUUCCGCUCCAAUCUGCUAACCCAGGACAGCGGAGUCCUCACCUUCAACAACCUGAGCCCCGGCCAGUAUUACUUCAAGCCCAUGAUGAAGGAGUACCGAUUCGAACCUGCUUCCCAGUCGAUCGAGGUGGAGGAGGGGCAGACUUUGAAUAUAGCCAUCACUGGGUACAAGACUGCAUACAGCUGUUAUGGCACAGUGUCGUCUCUGAGCGGUGAUGCUGAGCAGGGUGUGUCUGUGGAGGCGGUGGGGCAGGGUGACUGCAGCCUAUAUGCUGAAGACACGGUCACGGACGAGGAGGGCAAGUUUCGCUUGCGUGGCUUGCUGCCAGGGUGCAAGUAUCUGAUCCAGCUGCGAACGGAGGGCAAUGACCACAUUGAGAGAGCGCUGCCUCAGCACCGAGCCAUCGAGGUUGGCAACAGCGACAUUGAGGGUGUGAACAUCAUUGCCUUCCGACAGAUCAACCAAUUUGAUCUGAGUGGCAAUGUGAUCACCUCUCCUGAUUUCCUCCCCACACUCUGGGUGAAGCUUUACAAAAGUGACAAUCUGGAUAAUCCUGUUCAGACUGUGUCUUUGGGACAGUCUCUGUUCUUCCAUUUUCCACCACUGCUACGUGACGGAGAGAACUAUGUGAUGUUGCUGGACUCCACACUCUCUCGUUCGCAGUACGACUUCUCUCUGCCUCAGGUCUCCUUCACCUCCUCUGGUUACCACAAGCAUCUCACACUGACCUUCAACCCCACGCGUAAACUGCCUGACCAGGAUGUGGCCCAGGGCUCCUAUAUUGCACUGCCCCUCACCUUGCUGCUUCUGCUGGCUGCCUACAACCAUCAGAAGGUGAUCCCAGUGUUACUCCAGUUAGCGAGCCGUGCUCAGGGGGUGCGAGGGCUCGGUCAGGCAGGAGGAGACAGCGCCGCCCUUGAGGACGCCAAACGCCAGGCCAAGAGAGCGAAAAUCAGGCGCACAUGAGAAGGGGGCUUGGAGAAGAGACACGCACACACCCACCCCCCCAGCCUAGACUUGGCAGAGCCUGGAGCCUCUGCCUCUCCAUUGCACCAAGCAGGGGAACAUAUCACCAUUGUGACAGUGAGAAUUCCUGUGUUGAGAUCGGUAGUAUUGGAGAGACUGUUUGACACUGAAUGUUCCUCUAAUCUGUCUUGUUGACCUUGCCCAAAACCUCACAGUGAGGUGAAUUCUUUUUACUGUAUUCAGUGUGUUCCAGUGCAUUCUAAUUCAAAUUUUUGUGUAUAGACCAAAAUGUGGUAUUGGGUCUUCCUGUCCAUGUCAUGAACGGUGUUGCAGUGCACACAGCAUUGGUGAUCCUGUGCACUGCAAGCCCGUGUUCUGUAUUUUAGUCUAUAUAUUUUAUUAUUUUUAUUUAUUGUUCUUAAAUAGUCAGACCAGAGCUUUCCAUGAAUGAUGUGUUGCGUACAUCAUUCCUGUCACCUCUUUGCCAUUUUAGUCUAGAGACCAUUUCAAACCUGGCAGCCAAUUGUGUUGAGUUUAGUGACAUAACUAAUUUAUACUAAUGUCUCAGAGGCUAAUGAUUUAGCUCACUGCUCCAUAGUGUGUGCGUGUAUUUGUGAGUAUAGAGGUGAAUAAUGUUGCUUAAAGUCAAAGAGUGAAAGCCCUUUCAAAAAGGGUUCUAUGUGGGGGCAUUAAAACCUUUGUAUUCCUAGGACUGGAUGGGACUGGAGAAGUAGCCUUGAUUUAAGAAAUAAAACAUAAAUAAAUAAAAUAAUUUGGUGGGCCAUUACUGCUUUUGUUAUGAAAUAUUUAUAUUUUCUAAAGUCCCAACCUGCAGGAAAACUUUCUAGGAACUCAAUAAAACUCAACAUCAAUGUAUAAUCACUUCCUAUUACCCACUGUGCUUACUCAGUUUCCUCAAUUUCAGUUUGUAUGGAUUUUUAAUGAUCAGAUCUUUAUUUGAUAUCCUUUUGGCCUGCUUUUUCAGUAAAGGAAAUUGAUCAUGGAAUAUUUAAUGUGAAAGUUUUUUUUUUUUUUUUUAUCUAGGGGAUCAUUGAAGAUUUACUGGUGUAAAACACAUUUUUGGGGAGGGGGUUGUUUGGGAAAGAAUGUGAGUAAUAUUGAACUCAAUAAAAAUGACCUUGGUUUUCA